AUGCGAAUGCCGCGGGUGUGUGCGUGUGUGAUCAGCGAUCAGGGUAUCGAGCAAAAAAGGUGCAGGCCCCGCUCCCCUCACGGGGAGCCGCCGAGCGGCAGCGACAGACCCACGCCGGGACCGUGCGGCGUCUUCCCGCUCACCGCGGAGGAUGGCGGUGGCGGCGCCGUGGCUGCGGUGCGGGACGUCGAUGUGGACCCCGAGGGAAGCUUCAGGUAGCUCCUGGUGUGCCUGGAGGAGCGGCGCAUAGUCCGCAGCACCAAGGCAGCCGAGUUCCACAGUCACGUAUUUGAGAAACUAAAUCUUGAAAUGGAAAAGCUGGGGUAUGAGUGCAAGAGCCUCGGAGGAAGGAAAAUUGAUCAUAAUAGCCAAGACAAGAAAAUUAGGGUAAUUGGGCUCUCUACAGGCUGUGGAAAAGCAGAUCUCUCUGUGAUUCUGGAGGUACCGAAGAAAGUGUACACAGGUUAUAAAAUCACUUGGGCAGAUGACAAGAAAUACAUCAACUACUUCUGAACAUAUCAACUACUUCUGAACACAGAUGGUUCAAACCUGGUAACUGUGUGAGCUCUACUUUGAUAAAUAAAGCUGAAUGUGUCUAUGCUACUAUAAAUCUGGAGUAACUGGACUCUACUGUAACUCAUCAUACAGUUGCUAAUUCCCAGAUCAUUUUCAGAAUGUGUUUUUGUGCAGAAUUUGCAUUUCUAAGCAUUUUUUCCUCUGCUUUUGGUAUGCCAUCUAAUUAAACACACUCAUACCUUA